AUGGAUAUUACAAAAUUAUUAAAAAUUAUUUAUGGUAACGUUAUAGUCGACAAAUUAUGGAAGAAACCUACAUGGAGAUCACCUAAUGUUUUUCAUAAAUUUGUAACUACACUCCGUAAUUCAUCUACAACUUCUUUUAAUUACGGUAACUUUGUACAACAAAUAACAUUUACAUCAUAUCCUGAAAUUUCAUUACCGAAACCUGAUAUAAAAAUAAUUUCUGAAAAAUGUAAAAAUAUAAAAUAUCUUACUUUUAAUAGAAUCGCUUCAAUUGAAAUAGUAGAAAUGUUUUUGAAAAAUUGUCCUGGUUUAAUUUCUUUUGCAAUUUUUAGUCAUAAAUCUUCUUCAUUAGGUAUUGCAUUAAGACCAAUUAGAGAUGGAAAAUGUUCAAGACUUCAACAUUUAGAUUUACAACAUUGGAAAUCUGAAUGGAAACAUGAUAUUUUAAAAGAUAUUGGAAAUAGAUGUCCUUUACUUACAACUUUAAUCAUUUCUAGUUUAGUAACAAAUACUUUGGCUACUACUAUAGUGAAUUCUUUUCCUAAUUUAAAAGGUUUUACUUGUAAUACAAUUACUGGUGCGGGUUUUACUAUUUUAAUAUCAGGUUUCCCAAAAUUAAAAUUUUUAUCCUUAGAAUUUCCUUAUAUUAGUUUUGAGACAGCUUUAGCUGUAGCAAUGGAUUUUCCUCCUUUAGAAUCUUUUAAUUUAAGAAUUAAAUCAUAUAAAGGUUUUGAUCAUUUUGCUAGAUUAUGGGUACAAGGACAAUCUUAUCUUCAACAUAUUGAAUUUGAUUCAGCUCGUGGAUUAUCAGAUGAUUCUUUUUUACCUAUAGCACAAUAUUGUCAUCAAUUGGAAUCUGUAGAAUUAAGAUCUUGUACGAAUUUAACUGAUUCUUCCAUAAUGGCAUUGGCAAAAUAUAGAAAUAUUAAAUUAAAAAGAUUUACUAUAAUUCAUUGUAAUCAAUUAACUGAUUUAGGUUUAAAUGAUUUGGCUAAAUAUUGUAAUAAUUUAAGAAAGUGUACAAUAUUAGGAUGUUUAAAUAUAUCUCAUUCAAGUUUAUCAAAUAUUGUAAAAAAUUGUAAUAAUUUACAAGAAUUUGGUUUUACAAAUAGACCAAUGAUGACCCCUACUAUUGUAAUGGAAUUAAUUAAUAAUGAUUUGGAAAAUUUUCUUGAAAUUUUAGAUAUAAGAAGUGAUGAUUUAGCUACUGCCGAUUCUAGUGUUAAAAAACCUUAUCCAAAAUUUGAUUUAAAUUUAAUGAUAAAUCUUGCUGAAAAAUGUCAAAAUAUUAGAAAAUUAAGUUUAAGAUUUAACAUGGUAGGAUUAAGUCCUGAUGAAUUAAUACAAGCAAUACAUAAAUUUCAUAAAUUAGAAAAAUUAGAAAUAUUAACAAUUGGUGAUAAAGAAUUUAAAAAAGAUCAUAUAAAAGAAUUAGAAACACAUCGUAGAUUAAAAGAAGUUAAAUUUGUAGGAAAUUCUGCUUUAGAUCAAGAUGCUAAAAUUUAUUUGGUUUAUAGAAAAAGUAAAGAAAAAUGUCAAGGUCCUUUUAUUACAAUUUCUUUAUAAUAUUAUAUAUUAUAUUUGUAAUAAUUUUGGAGGAUUUUAAUAUUUGGGUAGGAUUUUUUUUCUUUGGUGGGAAUUCGAAAUAAUUCGAAAUAAUUCGAUUUUUUUUUUUUUGUUAGUUACAUGACUUUUAAUAGUUUUUUUGGACAUUUAUAA